GUGUCAACUUGUCUCCCUGCGUCAUCUUGUCUCCCCGCGUCAUCUUGUCUCCCAGUGUCCAGUAGGGCGGAGAGGGAGGCCCAGAGGCAGGAUGAAAAACCACAGUCUGAGAGCUUGUAGAGCUCGCCCAAGAGGCCUGGAGGAGAUUUGGAACCUGUUUUCACAACUGCAGAGCCUCCUGGGGCCACAUCCUGGCAAAGGUGACUUUGUUCAGCUCUCCGGUCCAGACCCCCCAGGUGAGGUGGGCAAAAGAGCACCUGAUGGAUCCUCCCGGUCCUCUCAUGAGCCUAUGGAAGAUGCUGCUCCCGUGUUUUCCCCGUUAGCUUCCCCGGAUCCUCGAACCAAGCAUCCUCAGCAUCUGGCCUCCACCCCAUCACCAGCCCCAAUGACCACCUCAGUCUCCUCCCUAAGUGUCUCCCAGCCACCAGAACCUUCCCUUCCCCCAGAAAGCCCCUCACCCGAGCCACCUGCACUUUUCCCUCACCCACCACACACCCCUGAUCCUCCGGCCUGCUCUCCGUCUCCUCCAAAAGCUUUCCCUGCUCCUCCCCUGCGGGACUCCACUCUGAUAAUUCCAUCUCACUGUGACUCAGUGGCACUUCCACUGGGCACCGUCCCUCAAAGCUUGUCACCACGUAAGGAUUUGGCAGCUUCUGUCCCAGCCAUCUCAGGCCUUGGCGGCUCAAACAGUCAAGUUUCUGCCUUCUCCUGGUGGCAGGAGACUACCAGAACCUGGUGUGUCUUCAACUCGUCAGUCCAGCAAGAUCAUCACCCACCAGAGACCUGUCAGAUGGAAGCUGGUAGGCCAGUUUUACUCAACUCUGAUGGCCAGAAUGUCAUGGGUAUACAAGUCAUAGAAAGAGCCAAGGUCAACAUUUCGGAGGAAAAAGAAAACAAUGGAUCCUUUCCAAAACAAAUGAGCCCAGAAAAGCACUUGAAUUCUUUGGGGAAUUUGGUUAAAUCACUGGAUGCUGAGCAGGACCCCACAACUCCAAAACCCUUCUGGAACAUGGGCGAGAACUCCAAACAGCUGCCCAGUCCUCAGAAGCUCUCAGAUCCUAGGAUCUUGCAGGAAAGUUUUCAGAAGAAUUAUAGCCAGCUUUUCUGGGGCCUCCCCUCUCUGCACAGCGAAUCCCUGGUGGCUAAUGCCUGGGUCACUGGAAGGUCUUACACUUUACAGUCUCCUCCUUUCUUGUUCAAUGGGAUUUCCAAUGUCUGCCCAAUUCAAAGGGAGACUACAAUGUCCCCACUGCUUUUCCAGACCCAGCCCCUGUCCCAUCUGGGGCCCGAGUCCCAACCCUUUAUUUCAUCCAUGCCCCAAUUCCGGCCCAUACCUAUGGCUCAGGCCAAUCUCCAGUCCUCUUUCCCAGUCCUAUCUCCUGCUUUUCCAUCCCCGAUUAAUAACUCUGGAGUAGCUUGCCCUGCAUCGCAGAAUAAACUGCAAGCUCUCUGCCUACCUGAAACUCAGCACCCUCAAUGGCGUUUGUUGAGGAAACAACUAGAAGGUGGGUUGGCUUUACCCUCUAGGGUCCAAAAAUCUCAGGAUGUGUUUAGUGUCUCCACUCCUAACCUUCCCCAGGAAAGCUUGCCAUCCAUUCUGCCUGAGAACUUUCCAAUCAGUCCUGAACUCCGGAGACAACUGGAGCAACACAUUCAAAAGUGGUUCAUUCAACACCAGGGCAACCUGGGAAGGAUCCAAGAGUCUCUGGAUCUGAUGCAGCUUCGGGACGAAUCGUCAGGGACAAGUCAGGCCAAGGGCAAACCCAGGCCCUGGCAGUCCUCCACGUCCACAGGCGAAAGUGGCAAGGAGGCACAGAAGGUGAAGUUCCAGCUGGAGAGGGACCUGUGCCCACAUCUGGGGCAAAUUCUGGGGCAGACCCCGCAAAAUCUAUCCAGGGGCAUGGAAAGCUUCCCAGGGAAGGUUCUGGGGGCGACCUCUGAGGAGUCGGAAAGGGACUUGAGGAAGCCCUUGAGGAGUGACUCGGGAAGUGAUUUAUUAAGACGCACAGAGAGGCAUCGUAUAGAAAACGUCCUGAAAGCCCACGUGGGCAGGAAGUUGGGCCAGAUGAACGAGGGCUUGAUCCCUGUGAGUGUGCGUCGAUCCUGGCUUGCUGUCAACCAGGCUUUUCCCGUGUCCAACACCCACGUGAAAACCAGCCAUCUAGCACCCCUGAAGAGUGGGAAAGCCUGUGUGAACACAGCCCAGGUGCUUCCCUUCCUCGAGCCGUGUACUCAGCAGGUGCUGGGAGCCCAUAUUGGGAGGUUAUGGGCCAAACACAGGUGGAGUCUACCCCUCAGGGUCCUCAAACACAUUCAGUGUUUCAAAACAGAAAAGGUUUCUAUUGUCCCUUGUCCCUUACACAGCUUGUCCCUUACACAGCUUGCCGGUCCCUCCUCAGCCACCUGUGAAUCUGGGGCUGGCUCAAAAGUUGAGGUGGCCACAUUCCUUAGAGAGCCACCAACGGCAAGUCUGAGAAAGCAGGUGCUGACCAAAGCAUCUAACGUGCCAGAGAGUCUUCUGGCCUCUUCCCCUGCAUGUAAGCAGUUCCAGAGGGCCCCGCCAGGGAUCCCAUCUUGGAAUGAUCAUGGGCCCUUGAAGCCUCCUCCAGCUGCACAGGAGGGCAUGUGGCCAUCUAAGCCCCUCACAUACAGCCUCACAGGCAGCACCCAGCAGAGCAGGAGCUUAGGAGCCCAGUCUUCAAGAGCUGUAGAGACCAGGGAGGCAGUGCCACAACCCAGAGUCCCCUCAGGAACCCGUAUGCUGGCAAACCUCCAAGCCACAAGGGAAGAUGUGCAUGGUUUCGAGGCUCCAAGGACCAGCAAAAGUUCUCUCCCUAAAAUGUCUGUCGCCCAAGAUCCAAGACAGCUGUGUCCUAUGGAGGAGGUUAUUAGUGAAUUUGAGCCCGGAAUGGCCACGAAGUCAGAGACCCAGCCUCAAGUUUGUGCCGCUGUUGUGCUCCUUCCAGAUGGACAAGCGUCGGUUCUGCCCCUGGCUGCAGAGAAUUUGGCUCCUCAAGUGCCCCAGGGCCAUCUCCAGAGCACGCCUGCUGGGAACAUGCGGGCUUCCCAGGAGCUACGUGACCUCAUGGCAGCCAGAAGGCGCAACCUGGGGUACAGGGAGCCCAAGAAACCCAAAUGUCAGGUCUCGGGCAAGAGACAAAGCCCGAUAGACACUCAUCGGGAUGAAGGUGUCCGGCCAUUGCCGUCAGAGAAACAGCCUCCUUUAAUAAGCCACCUUGGAGAAAACAUAAAGCAUUUUUUUCAGCGGCUUUUCCCAAAGAGAAAAACGAAGCCAGCACCAGCCACUGGGAGCCAAAAUACAGCACAAAAUAGGUCCUGUGUGUACAGCAGCAGUGCUGAAGCUCAGGGGCUCAUGACAGCAGUCGGACAGAUGCUGGAGGAGAAAAUAUCACUUUGCCAUGCACGCCAGGCCUCAAAGGUAAACCAGCACAAGCAAGAGUUACAAGCUCCAGUCUGUGGGUUUCCCUGCAACCACAGGCACCCCUUCUUCUCAGAGGGCUAUGCCGCCAGCAGUCAACAAGCCACUCCCAAGAGCCAGAGUUGUCCCAAAAGAGAGAGACAAAGGAAAGACCAACAGCCCCUGAAAAGUGUCAACAAUGAGCCAUGGGGCCUGCGACAUCCCCAGCUCUUGCUCCCCAAGAAAGCUGUACCCCCAGUCAGUCCCCCUCAGCACUGGCCGAAGACACCCGGUGCCUCCAGGCACCAUCACCACUGUCCCAGGCACUGUCUUCUUCGGGGCGGUAUCUAAUUUGGUCAAAACAUAUAUUUUUUUUGUUCAUAAGAGGGUGAUGGCUUUGAUCUGUGCCGUGCUUGGUGUGGGCUUGCUUUCUAGAAGCAACAGGACAUGGACGGGUGCUGACAGUGAUGCUGCAAGCCCACCUUCUUCCUGAGUUCCUUCACUGAACCUUACGUUUCCGUAACACUGUCUUUACACAAACAACAAAAACUUCUAAAAACAAGAUGAGAAAAACCUAUGAAGAGCCCACUCUGAAAUACGGUUCAACUGUCUUUCCACUACUUACUGUCUACCUCCAAGUUUAUGCAGCUCUAGGGAGAAGGUUUGCAGAGAUGUCACAGGGCUCAACAUCGCCAUGCAGGCUCCAGGAAGUGGCACAGCCCAGUAGCUUCAUGUGUCACAAAAUAGUGGAAGUUUGGGUGGGAGAGUGCUGGGCCUGCAGGGGCCAUUGAAAACAAUAUGCUAAGAAUGGAUAAGGCUCAAGGACAGUAUCUCUAGCUAGUUGCACUUUUAAUGAACUCCAGUAGUCAAGGAUACU